AUGCCGCCCAAGCGCAAGCAUGCCAAGCGACAGCGAUCGUCAAGCCCGAGUCGUCUACCACUUGAGAACGGCGUUGGCUUCCGCGCUCGUCUUCGUAGCAUAGGUCCUUCCGAGAAAUCACCAGCGUCUGAUUCCGCGUGCGACGUCACUACUCUACCCUUGACAGUGGAGCAGCAGUUCCGUAUACAUUUGCUGUGGGACUCGUGCACAUCAUCGACCAAGGAAGACGUCUCCGACAAGACAGCGGACAAGGACGCUGAUCAGAUCGCAGCGCUUAUGAAUGCGUUCACACGAGAUGGUUCCGCCCUCCACGCCGCUGCCUUUGCGCGUCUGGCCCAACAUCGAAAGACCUUUGACGAGCAGGUUGCUGACCUCACGGAGGACUCGACCAGAGCGCUCGAGGACAACGAAACACUGUAUACGGGCAACAUUGCCGUCCCAUUCAAGUUCACUCUGUGUGAAUCACAGAAUUUUCCCUCCGACAUUGUUCUGGCACACCUGUCAAGCCUCGCGCAUGAAGUCCACCAGGCGGAGAAGGAUGUGCGCAAGCUCGUUGGAGAGUGGGAUCAGUGCCUCGAGGCCGAAGAAAAUAUUUGGCACGAGCUGGGCAGUGACGGGAGCGAGAGAUCGUGUCAAGCGUGUCUUGGCGAAUCCUUGUCUCCCGAAGAAAAAGUCGCUUACGAGAAGGAGGCGAAAGCCAUAGUCGAGUCGGGCUGCCAGAAGAUCGACGACCUGGAGACGGAGUGCAAGAACAGAUGCCAAGCUCUUCUGCAACAAACAUUUCAAAAGAGUUUGAUGGAAAUGGACUGA